CUCAUUUUGGUGUUCAUUGGCAGGCAGGUUAAGAAGUAUCACCUACAUAUAUAGAGAGAGAGCUUGAGAAGCUAGCUAGCUAGUUAGAUAUAUAAAUAUAUAGAAUUGAUAGAGCUAACUAAUUUUUUAAUUAAGUUAAAUUAAUUAUUUAUUAUCAAAUAUGGGAGAUAAUAAUAGUAUUAUUAGGUCAUCGGUACAUGGGGGGAAGAUUACAGAGGCUCUGAGAAAGAUGAAGCCGUAUUUGGCUAUGGUUUCUCUGCAGUUUGGGUAUGCAGGGAUGUAUAUUAUUAGCAUGGUCUCCUUCAAACACGGCAUGAGUCACUUCGUCUUGUCUGUCUAUCGUCACGUUGUUGCCUUUGUUCUCAUAGCUCCAUUUGCCUUUGUUCUUGAAAGGAAAAUAAGGCCAAAGAUGACUCUCCCGAUCUUCCUACGCAUAAUGCUGCUUGGUUUCUUAGAACCAGUACUUGAUCAGAACUUGUACAACUUGGGAAUGAAGUACACCUCUGCAACAUUCGGAUCCGCUAUUGUGAACAUUUUACCUGCUAUUACCUUCAUAAUGGCUCUCGCCUUUAGGUUAGAAACGGUGAAUGUGAAAAAGUGGCAUAGCCUUGCAAAGGUGAUAGGGACAGUAAUUACAGUGUCAGGAGCAAUGGUGAUGACUCUUUACAAAGGCCCCAUCCUUGACAUUAUACAUAGCAGCAGCAGCAGCAGCCAUGGGCAUUCGGGUCAGCAGACCACGACCGAGUCCUCCGAUCACCACUGGGUCACCGGAACCCUCAUGCUGGUCGGGAGUUGCGGUGGCUGGGCUAGCUUCUUCAUUGUACAAUCUUUUACGUUGAAGAAGUAUCCGGCGGAACUGUCUCUGACAGCGUGGAUUUGCUUGAUGGGUGUGUUGGAAGGUGGGGUGGUCACUCUUGUGUUCGAACGUGACAUGCAUGUUUGGGUUCUCGGAUGGGAUUCCAGGCUUCUUGCUGCUGUCUACUCUGGUGUGGUUUGCUCUGGAAUUGCAUAUUAUGUGCAAGGAAUGGUGAUAAGAGAACGAGGCCCAGUUUUUGUGACAUCUUUCAGUCCUCUAUGCAUGAUCAUAACAUUCGCUCUUGGUGCCAUUGUUUUGGCUGAACAAGUCCACCUUGGAAGUAUAAUUGGGGCAUUAUUCAUAGUCAUGGGACUCUACACUGUGGUUUGGGGUAAAAGCAAAGAUCCAAUAGAAUCAUCAGCACCGUCCAAAAAUAUUGAUCAAUUGCCAAUCACAGACACCAUUGUCAAACCAGUUACUGUCACUCCUAACAAUAACAAUGGAGGAGGACCACUAGAGAUGUCCAAGAUUUCUACGUCUUCUCAGCUCGCUUCAUAAAUAUAUAAUUAAUGAAUAUUAUAUAUAAAGAUAAUUAACAAUUUGGGGCUAUCUAUAUAUAAUUAUAUAUCAUCUCUAGUUAUAAAGAGCAAAUGAAAUUAUUACGUAUAUCUCCUCGACGAGAUCGUAAUGUCUGAAGAAAUAUGCAACUUAAUUUGCUUCGUUUUUUCCUCUACAUUAGCUUUUUAUUUUUAUUGAUAAAUGUAACUUGAGAGUAAUUACGAGUUACAGUUAUAUAAUAUAUUUGGCUAGCUA